GGGUUUGGUACAACAGAAGAAAUCUGUGUUUUUUUUUCUCCGUUCGGUGAGGAUAAACAAUCUGAUACAGGAUCCCCCCCAACCCCCCACCCCUCCUCGGCAGAGAGAUGGAGCACACCGAGGUGGUGAAGCCAGAGACGCUGGACGACCUGAUACAAACUUUGCACAAAAUCUUCGAGAGCGACUGCAUCAACGUUGAGGAGGUCCAAGACAUUAUGGAAGCAUACGAGAGCAACCCUCAGGAGUGGAUGAAAUAUGCAAAGUUUGACCAGUACAGGUACACAAGGAACUUGGUUGACGAGGGCAAUGGGAAGUUCAAUCUCAUGAUUCUGUGCUGGGGAGAAGGCCACGGCAGCAGCAUCCACGACCACACAGACUCCCAUUGUUUCAUGAAGCUGCUGCAGGGUCAGCUGAAGGAGACGCUGUUCAACUGGCCGGAAGGUAAAUCCAAAGGAGACAUGGUCCAGAAGUCACAGAGAAUUCUGCAGGAGAACAAGGUUGCUUACAUAAACGACUCCCUCGGCCUGCACCGCGUGGAGAACGUCAGCCACACGGAGUGCGCAGCCAGUUUGCACCUGUACAGUCCGCCUUUCCAGACCUGCCAGACCUUUGACCAGCGGACGGGGCACAGGAACACCGUGAAGAUGACCUUCAGCAGCAAAUACGGGGAGAGGAUUCCAUUUGAAUCGACGAUCUCGCAAGAGAACAACUAACGGUCACCAGCCGGAGGCCACGGGGUGACGAAGGCGGUUGCAUUUAAAAAUGACAAUGUUGUGAGAUUGAUUUGAAAGGGGGAAAACUGCCGGGGUAAGCGAAUUGUGGACCUGCUAUGACUAAGCAACCCAUUUAGAAAAUCAGGAGCGGGGGCCGGUUCAAAAGGACAAACCUAGUAAUUAGAAUGGCUUUAUCGCUUGCCCGGUGGGAGCUUGGCAAAUACUGAUGAGCACAGGACGAAUGUGUGAAUAGGCUUGGACGUGGAUUGAAUCUGGCUUUUGUUUGCUGGGCCUGAGGAGACCCUUCCCCAAUAACAACAUUCCUGUUCAUCCACAAACCUGUGCAACCACACUUUGUAAAGUUAUGGCUCAUAGUCAGAGAAUAGAGCUCUAGCAUUAAAAAAAAAAAAAAAAAAAAAAAA